CUCGGAAUCAAUCCAAGCAGCUUCCUCUUGAGAAACCCGCGUCAAGGAGCUCAGCCGGUGUUGGGUUCCUUUCAACGCCAUGCAGUGGACCGAGUCCUCUCACCAGGAGGCAGCCAAUGACAGUACUGGCAGAGGCAAGCCAGUUGUCCCAUCGGCAGAUAGCAGUUAUCAAUUCAUCUCGAUACAAAACCCAGCGGAAGCCAAAGACCGCGACAAAAGGCGCUUGGCUCGCUCGCACGCUGUGAAACAGGCCAUACGGAAUAGUCGGGGGGUUCGGGAGGCACCGAGGGUCGACGCCGGCGCAUCAGGGCAGAUCCUCCCCUGGUCCGUCUUGGUCUCUCCAUCCGCGUACGGUCCUUUUGAGACUUUGUUUGGAGACUCGCCGAGGCUGAGAGCCCUGCUGAGUCACAGUGCCGCCAGACACGCCGCGGAGCCCGUGUUCAGCGUUGCGGACCCGGUGCUAUUCCAGGACUUCAGCUCCGUCUUCCGUACGGAUCUUGACGACCCAGCCCUCCUGAAUGCCGUUAUGCUCACCUUUGCGUUUGCGGUGACGGGGGGGAAUAUGGACCAGGAGUGCGUUGGCUACCAGAACCGAGUACUGGCCACCGUCCGCGAAAGAAUUAGCUCCCCGGAGACUGCAUUAUCACUACCGACGCUGGGAGCCAUCUUACUCCUUGCUGGAAUAGAGGCCCGACUAGGAAUGCGGUGGCAAGUCCAGCUACACAUGGGUGCCAUACGACGACUGCUUGACAUGAGCCAGUCUAGAACCAUCUACCUGACGGACGGAAUCAAGCGAGCCAUCUUCUGGCAAGAUUUGAACUCAUCCAUCAUGACUGGAUCCGACCGCAUCAUAGACCACACGACCUUUGGCGAGCUGCAGUGGACGCGGGACCCUUUCACUCCCACCUUCUUUGUUCUAGCACCGGGGUUUCAAAAACGCAUUCACUUGUUCCCCGAGGACUUCAUCGAGGUCCUCAAGGACAUUCACGCGCUGCAGUGUGUCCAAGACCUCCCUGGCUAUACCUGCCAGAACCCGAUCGAAAUGCUCCGCGUCGAUAAUCAACAAGCGUCCAUCGGGUCCAGGCUUGUGGAUUUGCCCAAGCUUUCUCCCGUUCUAGAAGCUUGUCAUCUAGCAGCGUAUCUGAGCGCUUGCAUGCUUUGUAGCAAAGUUUGGCGCCACUCCGUAAUACCUUCUCACGUAUCACAGCACUUAUUACGCAGCUUACAGGGGUCAAGUGAUGAUCCGUUCUGGAAUGAUGAUCCGGAGCUUGUGAUCUGGAUGCUGCAUAUGGGUGGAUCGUUCUCUCCCAAGGGAACAAUACGCUCCGAGUUCAAGACGCUCCUGCAGAACCACGCAUCGCGGUUUAGUGGAAUGUAUGGUUCCUCGGCGGAGCUGAUACAGGUUAUGAAGCCAUUUAUUUGGUCUGAAAAGGCAUAUCGCGCGCAGGUUGAGGAAUUUUGGACAGAGAUCCACACAAACGGAGAAUAGCAUGUUAUCAACGUAACUCUUAUUUCCUUCGUUCCAUGAUUUCUCAAUCUCAGUUCAACAUUUCGUUUGCCACGAACUGCUCGCUGAAUGGAUAAUCAAUAUAUCCUACAGGAUUCUUGAUGG